UUAUUUAAGCUCCCGUCGAUAAUUACCAACUUCUCCCAGCAGUGCGCACGUGUUAUAGUUUUAUAAUUAUUUUUGGAUCAAUGGGAGCGAUUUUAUUGUGCUGCGCGAUCAUAUAUAUUACCAUCGGUGGUGGUGGUCUGCUUUCGCUGCUACGCAAACUGCGCCCCAAUCCGGAAAAGGAGGCACGAAUUCUGCUCCUUGGCCUGGACAAUGCGGGCAAGACCACGAUUCUGAAGCAACUGGCGUCCGAGGAUAUAACAACGGUUCGUAUGAAAAAGAAACAGAAGCGUUUCUGUUUUUCCCCAAAAAUAAGGAGUGAACCCCUGCAGGUAACGCCCACGGCCGGCUUUAACAUCAAGUCCGUGGCAGCCGAUGGGUUCAAGCUCAAUGUGUGGGAUAUUGGCGGCCAGUGGAAGAUCCGUCCCUAUUGGAAAAACUACUUUGCCAAUACCGAUGUCCUGAUCUACGUGAUUGACUGCACGGAUCGGGCCCGUUUGCCGGAGGCGGGCAGCGAACUGUUCGAAAUGCUGAUGGACAAUCGCCUCAAGCAGGUGCCUUUGCUGGUCUUUGCCAACAAACAAGAUAUGCCCGAUGCCAUGACUGCAUCCGAAGUGGCCGAGAGAAUGAACUUGGUCCAGCUCCAGGGGCGCACCUGGGAGAUCAAGGCUUGCACUGCCGUCAAUGGCACUGGCCUGAAGGAGGGAAUGGACUGGGUGUGCCAGAACAUGAAGAAAUAAUAAUUUGUUUAAUAAUUUAUUUUAAGGUUCGACUCAUAAAUAUAUGUACAUCUAAUCUAAUAUCCUUAAAACUUA